ACGGUUGCUGCAUCAUCCCUUUCUCAUCUGAGAUCUUCCUUUAUCGCCUCUCGUCAACACAAUGGCAUCAUCAACGUCAGUGAUCUGCGGCACGGCUGCCCUCCUCCUGCUUCUGUCUGCCUGCCUGUGCGAGGCCUUCACCCUGCCAUCCCGCGGCAGCCCUCUCCGCGGCGCCCCAGGCAGGCCAGCCCUGACGAGGAGGGAGGUGGUGUACCAGUACGACAUGGCCUACCUCGCCACUGUGGCGCAGCGGCAGCCCGUGACGGGCUUCUACUACUUCCCCGAGUGCAAGUUCUGCCAGAAGGUCUUCGACUGGGCCAAGGAGAAGGGCGUGGACCUCGAGGCCAAGGGCGUCCAGCUCAAAAACAUCAAGGACGCUUCGGGCGACCCCACUGAGUUCAGCCUCGAGCUGCUCGCAAAGGCAGUCGGCAACAAACAGGUAUGUGCGGUGCAUGCGAUGCGAUGCGAUGCGUCCGUGGGAGGGUAGAUGGCUGAUCGAUGGUAUUGCCUGCCGGUUUGUCUGUGUGCGUGGCGUGGCGUGGCGUGGCAGGUUCCUGCCCUGGAAAUAGGCGGCCAGCACAUAAUGAAGGAGUCGGGGGACAUUAUCGCUCUCCUCUCAAAGCUCUGGUUCGACGAAGAGGUGAGCCGAGCCCGCGACCAAAAGCGAGUGCAGUGCAUCACACAUGUCACACGCGCCAACUAUCGUCAAUCGUCUGUUCUUCGUUUGCUCGAUCUCUCCUCCUUGUGCCCGCCAGGUGCAACGGCAGCUCAACAGCGGUCCAGGCAUCAAGGUCGAGUCCUACAUGGAGAUCGCUGACCUUCUCGACUGAUCCAACCGCCGCCGACCCACACCACACCCAGCUGUUCUCAUGCUUUUCUCGACUGCGUGGUCUGAUCUGCCAAUCCAAUGAAUGCCAGUUGUUGAUUUUUCUGCCGACGAUAGAGAGGGGGGCGUGUUGAUCUGCCGGCGACAGAGAGGGGCGAAUUGCAUCUUCGGAUGGGUGUGUGUGUGCGGGACUGCUUUGUAGAGUACCUACCUUACUUUGGGGAGAGCGAUCGCGUUCGUGUGUGUGUGUGUGUGUCCCGUUUUGCAAUGGAUUCAGCGCGGAUCGAGCGGAUCGGGCCGGGCAGGGUGGCUUGUAAGGUUUUUCGGUGUGUGGUGGGUACAUGCCGUGGGGUGCACUUCUUGUUCAUCAUUGAGAAGAAACGGUCGAGUCCUGUAAUGCGCUUUUCGUCGCGUUGAUAACUUGAGCAACUGGAACGCUUUCCCUCUCCCUGUCGGCACAGCGAGGGGCGGAGCGUUGCAGUCGCGAGGACCAAUCAGCGGGCGAGGAAAAGGGCACGGUGCAGGCACUAAGAGAUCACUGACUGCAUGGCUGCGAUGAGGGUGAGAGCGGCGGGUUGGCUGACUGUCUGUCUCUCCAAAUGGAGAUGACUACAUAGCUUGGAUGAUGGAUGGACCCUGCGGCAUGUGUGUGCAUUCGUGCUGAUACAUACCGUCUCGUGAGCGAGUUUUUCACUCAAAUAUCAUUCCU